AAACAAAGAAACCAACAAACUCAGCAUUUAAAUAAUAACAUUUGAUCAACAACAUUAUUGUCAUAACAUCUUAAAACAAUGGCAUUCAGAAGCAAUGAGAUGCUGCUAGUGCUAAGCAUGUUCUUUGUUGUAGUGUCUCUGUGGGGUGUCACCGUGGCACAAACGGACUCAAGUUGCACCAAUGUGUUCAUAAGUCUUUCUCCAUGCCUUGACUACAUCACCGAACAAACUUCCAGUCCUUCCUCCGGUUGUUGCUCACAGCUUGCUUCUGUUAUGGGGUCACAGCCACAGUGUCUAUGCGAGGUUGUUAACGGCGGUGCUGCUUCGUCUAUUGCUGCCAGUUUUAACAUCAAUCAAACUCGCGCUUUGGCUCUUCCAACUGCUUGUAAUAUCCAAACACCUCCUAUCAACACUUGCAACGGCUCAGCUUCUUCUUCUUCUCCUCCGGCAGGUGUUUCUAUUUCCAACAUUCCGAAUUCUCCUUCAGGGAGUUUUUCAUCAACUACUGGAACAACUGGAAGUAUUCGAGGCUCAUCGUCGUCUUAUAGAACAUCAUCAAGUUCUGGAAAAUUACAAUGUUCUUUGCUUGUUCUGGUUAUCUUUGCAAAGUUCACAUUCAUAUUCAUGACCACUACUUAGGUUGCAUCGUGCAUGUUUUUGUAAACCUUAUUAGUAUUGUCUAAAUUCUACUUAUUUUAAGUACACCCUUUGUUUUUCUCCCUAACACAUUAACCAAGUCAUAUGAUAAAAGUCACACUAGUUAUGUUUUUUUUUGUGUAAGAAAGAUAUAUUAGAUGGAAAACUAAGGGUUCUCAAAAUCUGUUACACAAGAUAACGAGAUAAACUCGACAAAAAAGCAUUACAAAACCUGUUACACUAGUUAUGUAAUUAGAAAUCAGAAAACAUGUAUGCUUGAAUUAAAUUCAAAGGUUAGCAGCUUUAGAAACUCAAUGGCUGGCCUAUGUUAUCUCAUUAGUAAAAUCAUAAAACUUCUUCAUGUUAGACCACAACCAACAUGUGAAACAAGAAAUCAAUAAGCACAACACAGAGGUAUGUUUC